CAAUAAAACUUCUCUAAAUCAAAUAUCUGUAACUCAAUAAAAAUGAAGCACUUGGUAGGUCUCAGUAGAAUAGCAUAGGAUUUAAUGUCUCAAAAUUGAAUUUCCUUAAAUUCUUUCCAAGUCAGAAGUAACAAAUCAGUGUCAGGGAACCAUGAAAACCUUCAACUUCCCUGCUCAAAUUUUAAUAUUUAUUCUAUACAGUGAUCCUAAUUACCAGAUUUCCAUGAAAUUUUCAGACAGUUGUAUCUACUGUCAAACAUUCAUUUGCAGAUAAUGUUUCAGUCCAAAGCAAGAGACUGUUUUAACAAGAUGUACAGUACCUGCAAAACUGUUUUAUUCCAUUAGCUAUAUUGAGCAUUUUAAUGAAAUGUGUUAAACAGGUUGUUUAAGACAAAAAGUAUCAAAGAUUCUUUAUAUAAUGCAAGAGGGGUAAAAAAUGAAAAUUAUUCAGAAUUGGCAUUUUUCACUCUAUUUUUCUUUAACUUGAAGUUAAAGAAAAUAGAAUCUUUUUCUGUCACUUGGAGCUUCAAGUUAGAGAAGUUUUACUGUAUUUUAAGUUCCAGCUUUGAGGAGACAAAGCCAUAAAGAACAGUCGCCUACAACAAACUCUUGAAUGAGAUCUACAAAGAAAUAGAAAUUCAAUUUCUUAUAAAAGGAGCCCAAUUAUAUUCUCCAUACUCAGGAAUGGCAAAGAUCCAAGUGGAUGAAACUACUCUUCUAGGCAUUUACUCAAUAUCUUUAUACAACAACAGAAUAGAUUGCUCCUUUGAAUAUAUUGAUGCCACAUGCAGAUCUCUGCUUAUCAGGAUCAAAGAAUGUCAAGACUCAAUCAGAAAAAUACCCAACUACUACCUUAACAUUCUGGUCUUUUUUAAUAAGAAGUCAGAUGUAACAGAUGUGCCCUAUCUAAAAUAUCUGGAAAUCUAAACCUAUAAAAACAAUUUGUAAAGGGGAUACAAUUAACAUUAGAGACCGUGGGCUGUUGUGGCAUGCAUGGAAAGAAUUGUUUGAUUGUGGAAGUUUCUAAAAAAAUGUUCAAAAUGAGACCAAAGUAUCAAAAUUGAGUUCUUAUGAAAAUUUGGUAUCAAUUGUUCGAAAAAUGAGUGGUUUUUGGUGAUUUUUGAGAAAAAUUUCCUAUAGUGUCCAUACACUAUUAUACUUAUUUCCCUCAGCAAUCAGAAAAUUGCACUAGUAUUAAAAAUUUUGGAGAGUUAUUGCAGUUCUCACAAUUAGUGCUGUGCCAAUAACCCAAUAUAUCAAGCUAAAACUAAUAUAUUUUUACAAAAUAUUGAAACAAAUAUAUAAAAUUGAUAUAUUGGUUAUUGGCACAGCUUUGGUGUAACCUAUUAAAAAUGCAAGUGCAUGCCAAGGAUAUUGUAAUUGAAAUUUCCAGUUAAAAAUGCUAAUUCCUGCAACACAUUGAGUUGGUCAAGUUACUUUGAGAAUGUAGUACUGUAUAUGAGCAUAAUUAUACAGGUACAGUGGUACCUCAGUAUACGCUUGCUUUGGAAUAUGUCCUGUUUGGACGGAACAAAUUUUGCUCAGUAUACGAUUUAAUUCAAUUAUACAUGCCAUCUAUGAACAAGUAGUAUGCAGUGGUUGGCAACACUGCAAACUGCACCUGACCACCAUCCCUAAUCAGCAUGACAUCAAAGGUUGAGGUUGACCACUUUUUGGGUCAACGUACUCAGGGCAGGACGUCCAUCUCAUGUACUCCAACCACUGUCUCCACGAUCUUCUUCUUCUUCUAAAGUGUUUAUAUGGAGAAUUUAGCUCAAUAUUGGCUCUCUCUCCGAAUCACCAACUCUUUGGUUCCUCUACUUAAAUCGCCUUGUUCGUGUUAUGUAUUCUUCCAACGCCGCCACUAGGUGGCAGAGAUUGAUCGGUUUCAUUGGCGCAUAGAUCGCCCGUAGUCUGCUAUUAUUGGUUAGUUUUUCCCCCAGGGCGGUGCCCAGGUCUCUGCGAGCUAUUUCAUAUUUCGGGCAUUCAAGCCAGUAGUGCGCCACCGUUUCCCUCUCCUGUCUCCACGAUCGACAUAGUUACAACCUUAUAUACAGAAAGCUCAUAACAAUCUGUAAAUAAAUACGUGAUAUUGUCAUUUAGAUUUUUUUCCUCUGCAUGAAAAACAAAAAUUAAACACACACCAAUCUUGUUCGCAGAUGCGAUCGGAUUGAACAACCUAGCUGAUUUUGACUAUCGGGAGUAGACCCUAACAGUCCCCUAGGGCAAGCACUAUCAGUGUAUUAGACCAGACUAGACGUUCGCAGUGCCAUGGUUUAUAACUUUGUUAAAUUUCUUCUGAUUUUAAUUUGUAAGUAAAAUUUUAUUAUCUUUAUUAAUCAUGGAUUGCAAAAAGGCAAAUGAAAAGCAACAGAAAACUAAAAAAAAUGACUAGAAUCACAAUGAACUGAAAAAAGAGAUUGUUGAGAAAUAUGAAGGUGGCAUGCCUGUUCGAGGUUUAACUGUUGCAUACCAUAUUCUGAGAAUGAGGAUAUUGACAAUCAUGAAAAAUAAAGACAUUAUUAAAUCUGUUAACAUUGCGAAAGGGGUUAAAUUAUUUUGCAACCCCAUUAAUAUACCAUAGCAAGAGGGGUUUUUUACAUGAGAACGGAUUAAUCAUUUUUACAUUACUACUUAUGAAAAAGGUUAGUUUGGUAUACAUCCUAUUCGGUUUAAGUCCAAACAUCACUUGAAUACAGUUGUUACUCAUUAGUACAACUAUUAUCUUAAAUGCUCAGUCUUGCUAUUGUCAUUAAAGAGUAAAUCACAAAAUUUCAAAAUAUGUUUUUUUUUUUAUGUUAGGACAAUUUCUGGGAAGACUCCCUUACUGGAUAUGUUGUAAAUUGAUUACCCCUGAUAGUCUAUGAAGUAGACCAAAAUAUAUGGUUGGCAACUAAGUGAUUGCGGAUUUUGUCAAUAGGUGGCCUUAGCACAUUUUUUUGCUUUGUCAUCGUGUUCAAAGCAUUUAACCUAUAUUGCUUUCUUGUUGUUUGGACUUCCACCUUUAAUUUAGUAAAAAAAUUGUAUCGAUUAGUUAUUUAGUUUCGUUUUUAUCCCAAUUUAAAAAUGGAAGAACAAGACGUGCAUUUCAGACAUAUUUUAUUGUAUUAUUUCCAAAAAGGCAAAAACGCAUCACAAACACACAAGAAGUUAUGUGCGGUAUAUGGGAAUGAAGCCUUGAAAGAAAGGCAGUGUCAAAAUUGGUUUGCCAAAUUUCGUUCUGGUGAUUUUUCACUGAAAAAUGCUCAACAAUCUGGCCGUCCAGUUGAAGUUGAUGAGACCCAUAUCAAGGCAAUUAUCGAUUCAGAUCAUCAUAGCACAACUCGUGAGAUUGCACAGAAGCUCAAUGUAUCACAUACAUGCAUUAAAAAAAAAUUGAAACAGCUUGGCUAUGUCAAGAAACUGGAUUUAUGGGUUCCUCAUCAGCUUAAGGAAAUUCAUUUGACGCAAUGCAUUAGCAUCUGCGAUUCGCUUCUGAAACGCAACAAGAUUGAUCCAUUUCUGAAACGACUGAUUACUGGCGACGAAAAGUUGAUAGUUUAUAACGUUAAUCAUAAAAGAUCGUGGGUGAUGCGAGAUGAACCAGUCCAGACGACACCAAAAGCUGAGAUUCACCAAAAAAGAUUAUAAGGGAAUUCUGUACUUUGAACCUUUUACCAAGAAACCAAACGAUUAAUUCAAAUGUGUACAUUCAACAACUUGCCAAACUAAGCAAUGCAGUUCAAGAAAAGAGGCCAGAAUUGGCAAAUCGUAAAGGUGUUGUUUUCCAGCAUGCUAAUGCAAAGCUCCACACAUCUUUGGUCACCCGCCAAAAAUUAUUGGAGCUAGGUUGGGAUGUGUUGUCACAUCCACCGUAUAGCCCUGACCUUGCGCCUUCAGAUUACCAUUUAUUUCGUUCCAUGCAGAACUCCUUAAAUGGUAAAAUUCUUAAUGAUGCUGAUGAUGUAAAAACACACUUAACUCAGUUUUUUGCUGGCAAAAAUCAGAAGUUUUAUGAACAUGGAACUAUGACACUGCCUGAAAGAUGGCAAGAGGUCAUUGACGAAAAUGGACAAUACCUAAUUGAAUAAAGUUAUAUUUUUAAGCAAAAAUUUUGAAUUUUCCUUCUUACUUAAAAUCCGCAAUUACUUAGUUGCCAACCCUGUAUUAGAACUUAAUAAUAAGGAUAAAGCCAUAAUAUUUUUAUUAUCUUGUAUAUUGGAGCGAGUUCCUAGUAUAAAAUUUAAAUAUGCCAAUUGAUGAAACACUUUGACAAAAAUGCUGUGUUAGUUAAGCAAAAUGAUAAAUUUGAGCAAACUACUAAUAUAAAAAAAAUUGUUUUGAAAUACUGUGUUUAAUUCUUUAUGAAUUCCUCAGAUUUAUUCUUCACAUCAUCAGUUUGAGGGUAGGUGUUAAUGAACUAAUCUACUAUUUUAAAACAAUUAGCUUUAUAAAAAUUGCUUACAAAAACCAAAACUCUAGCUCAUAAAACAAAAUGUUGAAGGAAAACAAACAUUUUCAGGUUAAGAGAAUUAAAUUGCAAA